UGGGAGUUUGUCAUCCGCCAUACCGCCAGCUGAGACCCACGCCGGCUGCCUCUGAGUGUCUGCUGGGCGAAAACUCCCAGUCUUCAUUCACUCGUGAGGGAUAGAAGGUGGGACAGACAGACAAACACACGCACACCCCACCAGCAUGCCUAGGAGAGGAGCAGCCGCCCCCAGACCGCCGCCACGUGCUGCCCCCCCUCCACCGCCACCCCGUGCUGCCCCACCACCUCCCCCAGUAGCAGCUCCCCCCCCACCAGCCAGUGCUGCACCCAAACAGCCUGGCCUCUUUGCCCAGAUGGCGGCCACAGCGGGAGGCGUGGCUGUGGGUUCGGCUGUGGGUCAUGUUGUCGGUCACGCCCUCACCGGGGGAGGCAGCAGUGGAAGUUCCGAACCCCAGCAGGCCGCCCCAGCCCCAGCCCCACAGCAGUACCCUCAGCAGUAUCCACAGUACCAGGGAUAUCCGCAGCAGGGAGGGCCGUCGGAGCCUCAGGGGCCGUGUGCCUGGGAGAUAAAGCAGUUUCUUCAGUGUGCCCAGACCCAGUCCGACGUGUCUGUGUGUGAGGGCUUCAACGAGGCGCUGCGGCAGUGCAGGGCUCAGCAUAACCAGGCGAUUGUGUAGAGUGCCGGGUCUUGAGGGUGCCACGUUGCGGUAGGGUUGUCGUAGUAGUGGUGGCCCCAGGGUGGAUGGAGCCGCGGUGUUAGUGCCUGCUGCAGCCAUCCGUGUUGUCAUUGUUAAGUUAAUUGAUCUUAAGUUUCUUCCUCUGUACAGCAUCUCACUUCCAGUAAAAUAUUUUAAUUA